AUGUGGCCAGCGCUCCUCGUCGCGCAUCCGACCAGCCCUUCGCGGCUUGCCUGGCACGUCUUGGGAGCUCUGCUCAUCCUCUCCGACCUCUUCAGGUUGCCGUUAGAGCUCGCCUUCCGGCCAGAGGAGGCGGACUUCAGCAGAGCCUUGGACUGGAUUACCCUGCUAUACUGGACGCUCAACAUGCCCGCGGAGCUGGUGACGGGUUACGUGGAGCACGGCCUGGUGGUGCUCUCGCCAAGGAGGAUCCUAAUAAGGUACCUGAAGACCUGGUUUCUCGUGGACGUCCUGGUGCUGGUGCCAGAUUGGAUCUUCACCAUCGGAUCGCUGCGGCAUCGCGAGGGCGGCUCAAGCCAGGGGUACUCACGAUUCCUCAAUGUGGUGCGGCUUGUCCGGCUGGCGCGCCUCCUCCGACUGCUGAAGCUGCGAAAGAUACACGACAUGUUGAACGAAAUGAUCACGUCGGAGUACGUCAGCGUCUUGAUGAAUAUCGUGACGAUGAUCUUGGUGCUUCUGCUUAUCAACCACCUGAUCAGCUGCGCUUGGUUCGCUGUUGGGAAUAGCCAGGACAGCCACACACCAUCAUGGACAACCACUGCCAACAUGGUAGACGUGAACGAUUGGGUCUACAUGUACGCGAUGUCGUUCCAUUGGAGCAUUACACACGGUGGUCGGCGGACCCCGGCUACCGUCGAAGUAUCACCCGAGAACCUCAGCGAGCGCAUCUUCGCCAUCGUCGUUGUGAUCUUUGCGCUCGUCGUCUUCUCAUACAUCGUGGGCAGCAUUACCAGCUCUCUGGCACAGCUACGCAGCAUGCACGCCGAGGAGUCCACUCUGUUUUGGGACCUGAGGCGCUACCUGCAGAACAGGGUGACGCGCACCCUGUCCCUCCGCAUCCAGAAGUACCUGGAGUAUGCCUGGCGCGUGCAGCAGGAGCGGAAGCCCGCGAAAAGCAUUCGGCUCAUGUGCCUGCUGUCCGAACAGCUCUUCUCGGAGCUGCAGUGCGAGAUGGCGGUCGCCCAGCUUCAGGUGCACCCCUUCCUGGCCAAGCUGUGCGAUGCGUCGACCGUCACCGCGCAGCGCCUGGCGAACGCAGGCAUCAGCCACAAGCUUGUCGCCAGAGGCGACUUCCUGUUCUACCCCGGGGAGGCGGCGACGCACCUCUUUAUCGUGGUGGAGGGGAGCUCCGAGUACUCGAGAGUCGACGUGUCGGGAAACGUCUGCAGGGAGGCGGUGAAGAACAACGAGGACUGGAUCGCGGAGCCCGUGCUCUGGACGAAGUGGCUCCACCGCGGCCUGCUUACCGCGCUCGAGGACGGGGACGAAUUGGCGAUCGACGGUAAGAAGUUCGGCGAGCUGGCACGUCUCAACCCCAAAGCCCACACGUUUGCCAGCAAAUACGCCCAUAAUUUCAUCAAGUGGCUGAAUGACCAGGACCCGCGUGAUCUUACUGACAUCUCACAGGGUGAGGACAUGCGUGACCUUGUGCAGAGCUUCAUGGGUCAUGGUGACGAUCACGACCACGACAACGGCGAAAGUGACAACGUGGUGAUCACAGCCUCUAUGACUCCAAUGUUCAGUACACCAAGCUGA